GCUCUACUCGAGAAGGGAGAGGGCACCCGUGGCAAUAGCACAUCAUAGCAGUUAGUCUUUUGCCAUCCAACGACGAAACAUGGAUGAACUACUACUAAAGGAGUAUCUGACGAUGUGGCUGUAAAAAAUGUGUCCACCACUCUCCUCCCGUUCCUUUCUUCUGUUUCUUUUCCUCUGUAAUGGUUGGUGGACAUUGGGGAAAUCACUACCGACCCAAGGAGCCGUUGAGGUGCUGAUUAAAGUGCAGGUCUUCGACAACAGUGACCUGUCACCCCUAAAGGAAGCCACAGUUGAGGUCUGUGGGAACCAGAGCAUUUUAGCAUCCAGCCUUGCAGGAGAAGAUGGGAUAGUUACACUUGUCUUCCAGUAUCAAAUAGGAAUGUGGGUCAUCAUCAAGGCAUCAAAACAUGGAUUUGUCACAAACUCAGCUCCCUGGCAUGCCAGUCGCAUCCCUCUAUAUGCCUCCAUAAGUCUGUACCUACUUCCCCAAAGACCAGCCACUCUCCUGCUGUAUGACGAUGUGGUGCAGUUACUGUUGGGAUCUCCAGGUUCCCGGAGACACCCGUGGGUACAGCUUCAGAGGAGAGCCAUCCAGCCAACCCUAAACACCUCCCAAAUCACCCUGUCUGCCAUGCUCACCUCCACUCGCAGUCAGUAUGAGCUCGGGGGAUUCCCCUACCCCCUCGCUCUGGAGAACAACUCAACAGGGUCCAACAGUAGCUGGGUGGAGCUGACAGCACUAGCUGCAAUGUGUGCUCAGCUCUUUGGGCCCAACGGCACAGAGGUCCAGGUAUCAGAACCCAUCCACAUCACCAUCCCACUCCCUUCGGACACUACUCUCAAGACUGCCACCAGCGUCCCAGUCUGGAGAUUUGAGGAUAAGAUGGGUCUAUGGACCAGAAAUGGUACUGGCUACAUUAAAAUUGAAGGCUCUCAGAUGACAUGGAGUUUCAUUGCUCCAAAUUUAGGAUACUGGCUUGCAGCAUUUCCCUCAACAUCAGAAACUGGUCUGAAUCCCACCGGUCUGAGAGACAUCACUACCUACCACACCAUCUUCCUGCUUGCAAUUCUGGGAGCAAUGGCCCUGCUAGUGCUCAUUCUGCUAUGUUUGCUGCUAUACUACUGCAGGAGGCGAUGUCUGAAACCUCGGCAACACUGCCGUAAAAUGCACCAUUCCUCCACUCUUGACAGCUCAAAGAGAGACCAGGGCACAUCCACCUCCCACCUCAAUCUCAUUAGCAGCAGAAACUUGGAGACAGCCUCCUCAGCCGGGGACCCUGACGGCAUCAAAUCUGCCAUUUCCUCCAACUGUGAUCUCCAAAACUCCAGAGACGUCUUCUUUAGACAUGGCCCCACCCAGAGACUGCGCAACUCCAGGACAAAUGCCAACACAAAGCGAGGAGAGAGCUUCCCAUUGAAUGCCACUCAGUCUAACACAGGAACCCUGGACCCGCUUCUGCAAGAUGACUAUACCAGAGGGUACAGCUCUGCCGAGGACUUGGAUGAACGCAGAUACCAUAACCAUAAUGCUAAAGACAACCAAGGCUAUUCAUCAGACCCACCAUCACCACCUCCACAUUUGCCACAAUUUGCUAGCCACUAUCAGGAUCAUGGUCGGGACAGCAAGCCUCCAGAAUAUUUUGCAUCUUCAGGGGAUCACCUUAAUCGGCCCAGAUCCGUCAACACCCAGCCUGGCCAGCUGAUCUUCUGUCACUCUAUGGAGCAGAUGAAGGAGAGCAUGUACCACAGCAUGGUGCCCACAUUGGUCAUCCCUGCUCAUUACAUGCAUCUGUCCUCCGACAUGUCAGCUAUGGAGCAGGCCAUGGAAAGGCAGCAACAGCUGCAGCAUGAUAUGGAGGGCAUCCAGGUUAGCAUGACGCUACCAAGGCAACAGAGUCAACAUCAAAAGCAACAACAGCAGCAGGACAAGGAGGAGGAAGAGUCAAACCAGCAAGAAGGAGGAAUGUCUGAGCAGAACUGGAGUUCAGAACAAUCCGAUCCCCCAGUCCAUAUUCCCAUUCUAUUUAAUGACUCCACCAUUGCACAAAUGAAUGGAGAGCUGCAAGCAAUGACAGAGAAGAAGCUUCUGGAGCUCGGGGUUAAGCCGCACCCUCGUGCCUGGUUUGUAUCCCUUGAUGGUCGUUCAAAUUCUCUUGUUAGACACUCCUAUAUUGAGCUGGGCAAUGAAGCCUUGCGUGCACCCACAGGCUCCAGCAAUCUAUCCCAAGAUCGCCGUGCUGAAACACACCCCAUGAGUUUAGGGAAAUCUAUUCAGCAGAAAGUAAAAGAGGAGACCAAGAUAAAGGAGGGAGGUGAAAGAAAGGCUCAUGGAAAGAUUUAUUCCAAGCUUCCAGUUAUAGAAACACCAGACUCAAGCAGCGAGAGCCAUUCAGCCAUGUACUCACCUGAGGAGAGCUCUGCAGCUCCACUCCUUGAUGAGACCUCUGUUUCCAGAGGAGGGACUUUCCCCCGUAAAGGCAGUAGUCAUGACAACAGCACUCAUAGUAGUGCCAGCGAGGUCCACAGAGACUCAGUCACCAGCCCUGACAAUGAAGCCGACGACAAAGAUGACGAUGGAGAGAAUAAAAAGAGCCCCUGGCAAAAGCGCGAAGAGAGGCCCCUCAUGGUGUUCAACGUCAAGUAACUCAUGCACUAUCCUGGACUGUUUUUUUGCAUCAUAUUGGCUACACCCUGGCUCCUCAUAGGUGCUUAACACCUUACCUGAGUUUAAAAGAUGUGGGGCUGGAAACAAGUCUGAAGAAAAAGCACAAUAACAGAAAUGGCACUUACCUGAGUGAUAUGCAUCCAACGAUCAAGACUAGCUACCAAGAAUUAGCACUGAAUGCUCUUAAGAAGCAUCUUAUAAAUCCUCAGACCCUCUUAUAUGUCCUUCAGAUCAUCACCAUGUAGAAAGUGGCAUCUGAUUUAAUUCUGGCACCAGUUCAUGGAGGCCAAAGGGAGCUGUAACUUUGAAUACUCUAUUUCGUCAAGAUGUUGUUUCGCCUUCUUUAAAUGAUGCCUCAUUUUUAUAAGAAUAACUAGAAGCCAUUUUAAAACUGAACUUUGGAAGCAAUCCACAAGCCUUAAAAGAGAUUUUUCCUUUUCAAAACAAGAAAUAUUAAAUAAAUGUUUCAUAUUGUAAGGUUUGGAAGGUUUUCUAAGCUUAGAUUACUUCUAUUGUAGUGGUGGAUUUACUCAAAAUUAUUCUUUUGUUUAUGACUAAGUAGAGCUGGACCAUUGAGAUGUGUGGGGCAAACAGGAGUGAAAUGGUUGCUGUGUUUACUCCAAAUGUGACUUAUUAAGUCCUAGUGUUUGACACAUGAUGACACUGUAUUUUGUACUGUUGGUAUAAGUUCCCAUUUUGUUCUGAUCUAAAACCUGUGUCUUUGAAUGUGUAAGAAGACUGUUUGGUUUAGGAAAGCUGCUCUUAGAUAUUAAUAAAGGGUUCUGCUUCACUGCAGAACCAGUUUUGUACUCAGAAAAAGCCUUUCCUGAAUUGUUUUGAGGGGUUUAUACAAGGUUCUCACCUUGGACGCUUGUGAAAAUGUUUUCGCACUAAUCUUUGCUGCAAUAAGUAUCAGAACUUUUUGCCAUAAAUCAGAACCACUGCAACUAUGCUCUGUAAACUGUGGAAGUAAAAAUUGUUAUCCUUUU